AUGUCAGCCUUGAGGACGACAUCGCUGCUGCGGGCGGCACGAGUUGCCAGGCGGCCGUUUGCUGAGGCAUACCGCCCCGUCCAACUCCAAACACGACGCGCUAUGUCCAUUGAAGGACAGCAGAAGCUGCUCUCUGCCGACCUCGAGGAGGCUGAUCCUACCGUUUACAACAUUAUCCAAAAGGAGAAGAGGAGGCAAAAGCACUUUAUCAACCUGAUUCCCUCCGAGAACUUCACAUCGCAAGCUGUCUUGGAUGCCCUGGGCAGUGUUAUGCAAAACAAAUACUCGGAAGGAUACCCCGGAGCAAGAUAUUAUGGCGGCAACGAACACAUUGACGAGGCCGAAAGACUCUGCCAACAGAGAGCUCUUCAGGCCUUCCGCCUCGACCCUGAGAAGUGGGGUGUCAACGUCCAGCCCCUGUCUGGAUCACCCGCCAACCUCUACGCUUACUCGGCCCUCCUGAACACUCAUGACCGUAUAAUGGGUCUCGAUCUCCCCCACGGCGGCCACUUGUCACACGGCUACCAAACUCCUACCAGAAAGAUCUCGGCCAUCUCAAAGUACUUCGAGACACUGCCCUACAGACUCGACGAGAAGACUGGUCUGAUCGACUACACAAAGCUGCACGAGCUAGCCACUCUCUACCGUCCCAAGAUCAUCAUCGCUGGCACUUCGGCCUACAGCAGAUUGAUCGACUACAAGAAGUUCCGCGAGGUUGCCGACAGCGUCGGCUCAUACCUCCUUUCCGACAUGGCUCACAUCUCCGGUCUCGUCGCUGGCGGCGUCAUCCCCUCACCUUUCGACUACUCUGACGUCGUCACUACCACAACACACAAAUCUCUGCGCGGCCCUCGUGGUGCCAUGAUCUUCUACCGUAAGGGUGUCAGAAGUGCCGACAAGAAGGGUAAUGAGGUCAUGUACGAUCUCGAAGGCCCCAUCAAUUCCUCAGUGUUCCCUGGCCAUCAAGGUGGACCUCACAACCACACCAUUACUGCAUUGGCCGUCGCUUUGCAACAGGCUCAAUCCUCCGAGUUCAAGCAGUACCAACAGACUGUUCUUGAAAACGCAAAGGCCUUUGCUGCUCGCCUUGGAAACAGCAAAGACAAGGGCGGUCUAGGCUACACCAUCGUCUCUGGUGGCACUGACAACCAUUUGGUUCUGAUUGAUCUCAAGGACAAAAACGUUGAUGGUGCUCGUGUCGAGCGUAUUCUUGAGCUUGUCGGCGUGGCUGCUAACAAGAACACUGUCCCUGGUGACAAGUCGGCUAUGAAGCCUGGCGGUCUUCGUAUGGGUACACCCGCCAUGACAACUCGCGGCUUCCAACCCGAAGACUUCAAGCGUGUCGCCGAUGUCGUCCACCGCGCUGUUGAACUCACUCGCAGAUUGGAUGGUGUCGCAAAGGAGGCUGCUGAGAAGGCUGGUCGUAAGAACCCUGGCAGCGUCAACGCCUUCAGAGAAUAUGUUGGUGAGGGUGAGGAGAUUACUGAGAUCGUUCAACUCAGAAAGGAAGUUGAAGACUGGGUUGGUACUUUCUCCCUUCCUUGGGAUAAGUCAUGA